UCCUUCUUAGCCCGCGCCCAGCACUCGCUCGAGACCGCAGCAAAUUGAACAUUUUUUCUUCAACCUACGCUUCCAGACCUACUAUUCCCAAGAAGCUACAUUAUUCCUUGCGAUACAGACCAUCCAGACCUUUGUCACAGUGGGGCCGGCCGACUUCAUUCCUUCCACCGAUGGUCCUGCAGCCAUGUAGCUAUUUGAAUUCACGAAACCAUUCCAUUUCCACUGGGAGCGACAAUGACGCUGUGCGAUCGCUGUGAACAACUUGACAUGGGCCACGUUUUUGUGCAAUCAGUGCCGCCAAACCGGUCAACCAUCCCCGGGGGAUGGAUGCAUUCAGACUCGUUUGCGAUUCUGCGGUCGAGCGCCGACACGUGCGCGAUGUGUUCGAUUCUUAUGGGCGAUGCUGGCAGCAACCCACUGGUCGAGGAUGACGACAGCGUCAGGCUGCUCACUUUUACGCGCGACCGGUGGCGUCUCCUCGAGGGCUCGCGAAACCUACCCGGCCCAAUUGCCGGGCUCGAAGUCAUUGUUGGACCAAAGGGCGUGAAUGAAGUUCAUUCUGUGAGGCACUUACCAAUCUGGACGGCCGACACCUUCUUAUUAGACAGCCCCGAGCAGCUGAAGCGCUUCAUUGUGACUCGGCCUGUUGGCCCACCAUCAGAUGCCGAGGUACUCAAACUUUGGCUUAAUACUUGCCUUCAUGAACAUCCUACCUGCAGGAUUCCAGCUCCGUCCAUGGACUUGACCCUGGAAGAAGACCCCGCUGACCUUCCAACUCGGGUUCUGGACGUGGGAUUGGCAAGUUCUGGUCCAGAUUCCGUUUGUCUCAUACUCCCUGGGAGUCAGAAGGGACGAUACAUUGCUUUAAGUCAUUGCUGGGGCACUCUGCCCGUCACCACAACAAUGACGAGCACGCUGCAUCAACGCAUGCAGGGUAUCUUCAUUCACGAGCUAAGCACUAACUUCCAACACGCCAUCCAAAUAACCCGCCAGCUAGGCUACCAGUACCUCUGGAUAGACUCGCUGUGCAUCAUCCAAGAUGACGCCAGCGAUUGGGCCGUCGAGUCGGCCAAGAUGGCACAGGUCUAUACUCGUGCGUCCCUGACCCUCGCCGCAGCCAACAGCGCCGCCGCAGGCGACGGCUUUCUCAACCCCAGACCAACCCGCCGCGCAGUCACUAUCUCGCACCGGAGCACAGCUGGCGUCAUUGUCGGCCACGUCACCAUCGGCGAGCAGACAUCGCAGGAGAUCUACUGCGACGGCUUCCGGUACGACGUCAAUGGCGGGCCACUGGCGCUGCGCGGCUGGACGCUGCAGGAGCGGCUACUGGCACGGCGCAUCGUCUUCUUUGGCAGCGAGGAGUCGCACUGGAAAUGCCGCACCGCAAGCUGGAGCGAAUCCACGCGCCUAUGGCCCGUGCGGUCUGUCGAUGCGCGCGCUGGCCGCGGGUCGUUGGACAAGCUACCCGUUUUUGGUCCGCCGUUUUUCAGACCUGUCGAUCCGAACGUGCUCCUCAACGACUGGUACACCAUCUUGCAGGAGUUCACCAGCCGCAGUCUGACUAAGAAGGACACCGACAAGCUUCCCGCGCUUUCAGGCAUCGCCAAGGUCAUCGAAGCGGGGUUCGGGGCAUCAGACGCGGGGCUCACCACGCCGCUGUACCACGCUGGGCUGUGGACCCAUGACCUCCCGCGCGCACUGCUAUGGCAGAGUUUUGGCCCAGAGCCCAGCACCGGCAUGAGUGGCGGCGUGCUGCCUGGCCCAUCGUGGUCUUGGAUGUCGCGGGACGCGCGCAUCUUGCCGGCGCGCGAGGCAGGAGCCGCUGACAACGCCGCACAGCCCGACAUUUUGGCCGUCGAGUGGGACGUUGCCCUCCAUGCUGGCGGAGACCCGCAUGGCAGGAUCGCUCUUGGCAAACACACGCUUACGCUACAGGGGUACAUAAAAGCCGUGCCGACGAUCCGCACAAUCAACAGGCCAUCAACGCCGUCUACCACUUCAGCCCCAUACCCGCUAUCCAACGCGCUACUAUAUGACAGCCACGCGCAGCAGAUCGGCGCCGCCGUGCUAGACGACCCAGCUGACCGCAGGGCGUUCGAUCAGACGCUGUAUGCGGUCCCUGUGCGGCAUUUUGCUACAGGUGGCGCGGGAGGGCAGGGUGGGCGGGGUAUUGGAAGCAUUGAGGCGCUGCUGCUGGUGCUGGCGCAGGAGGGGGGUACUUGUUAUAGGAGGGUGGGCGUAGCUGACAUGAUGGGCAGUAAUGCUAAUGACGAGCGGUGCAAGGACGCGCCGUUUGCGCAGCCUUUCCAGGUCUUUUUCUACGAUGCGACAAGGGGGGAGGUCAAGAUUGCAUGAUGUAUUUUCGCGAGGGCUUUGUUUGCUCUGUCUGUUUUAGCCUUGUUGUUUCUUUAUUAUUGAGAGCGUCUUCUGGCACCGUUGAAAUCGUUCCUUAAUCCACAAUGCAUAACCCUAACCCUAGCAACCAACCCCGCCCACCAGGACUCCAAGAUUCUGCCAUAUAGUAAUUUAC